CGUCAUCAUCAACAUUGAGAGCGCUGAAAGAAAGAAGACAAUCUUGAGAGUCUUCAGAGUCUUGAGUCGUCGGCGGAGUGAAAACAGCAGCAACAACACACGGUAAAAAGGAAAAGACGGUUCUUUUUUUUAGCCGCCGAAAAGACAGUCGCAUGGAUUUAUUCAACUGGUCCGCCAUUGUUUGGGUGACGAAGGACGGCUGAAAACAACUCCCCCCCCCCACCACCCCCCUCUCCCCCUCCCAUUGGCUGUGGUUUCCCAGAGGGCGGAGCUAAGUAUGGGGUAAGAAAGCUGAGAGGAGACACCAAGACGACACAAGCUGAGGAGGCCCUCUAACCUGCAAAGGGAUGAUCGAUGCCAGUAUCGGUAAAGUCACCCGUGUGGCAACACGUAAACAAACAACGAACGGUAAAGCAUGUGGGCACCGACUGGACUUCGUGGUGCAUCAGGUGCUGACGGGGGAAGGACACUGUCAUGGCGCUGUUGUGGAGGAGACUGAAGCUUGUGGUGACGGUGAUGAUGGUCAACCUCUUCAUCUUCAUCAUCAUCUCCCGACACAACAGUCAAGACAAAAACGGUCACAAGGUCCGCAUCCCCUCCAAACCAUUCUGGAACAAACUGGUUCCCAGCCCUGCUUACUGGAAUCGUCAGCAGCAGAUUCUGGACCUUCACAACAAUCCCAUCCUGGGGGCUAACUACAGCGACGCAGACUUGCCUGAUUGGGCUAACGACACCAGCUUGACCUCUGACCCCUGCCAGCCUAACUCCAGGGUUACCACUCAGGUGAAAGACUACAACUCCCUACCGGAACGCUUCAAGGACUUCCUGAUUUACAUGCACUGCCGCUCCUACCCAAUCAUGGUGGACCAGCCCGAUAUCUGUAGGGAGCCGCCGUUCCUGCUCCUGGCUGUCAAGUCCCUGGCACCGCACUUCGACCGCCGCCAGGCCAUCCGUCAGUCCUGGGGAAAGGCUGGUGUUAUAGCCAAUCGGACGGUGGUUACCAUCUUCCUUCUCGGCAACGCCACAGCCGGGGACCACCACCCGGAUCUGUCCGAGAUGCUGCGCUAUGAGAGCGUCCGUCAUAAAGACAUCAUCCAGUGGGGUUACAGGGAUUCGUUCUUCAACUUGACUGUCAAAGAAGUUCUCUUCCUAGAGUGGAUUCAGACUCGCUGCACCGGUGCUCGCUUCAUCUUCAAAGGCGACGACGACGUCUUUGUCAAUACCUACCGCAUCCUGGACUUCCUCAAGGGCCUCUCGGAGCCCAAAGCCAGGGACCUGUUUGUGGGUGACUUGAUAACCAACGCAGGCCCCCACCGAGACAAGAAGGUCAAAUACUUCAUCCCAGAGAGCAUGUACAUCGGGACGUACCCUCCAUAUGCAGGAGGUGGUGGGUACCUUUACUCUGGUGUCGUCGCUGCCCGUCUGCACAAUGUGUCAGAACAUGUAGCGCUCUACCCGAUAGAUGACGUCUACACGGGCAUGUGCCUUCGGAAGCUAGGGCUGGCCCCCGAGAAGCACAAAGGCUUCAGGACCUUUAACAUAGAGAUGAAGUACAGGUCAAACCCCUGCGCCUACAAGAGUUUAAUGCUCGUUCACCCGAGGACCCCGCAGGAGAUGAUCCAGAUCUGGGCCUGGCUCAGCAGUCCUAACCUGAACUGCCAGUGAUGGCUCCGCAGCAGGCAGUUGUGAUUGAAACGGCCCUAGAAAAGAAGACAUUUUUCAGGUUGUUCCCAAGAGGUCAAAGUGACAAAUAUUUAAUUGUGAACAGGGUCAUGACUUAAGAGUUGGCAGCUUUAAGUUAAGAUAUUAUUAUAAAGGUCACUUGGAGCCUCCGCUUGGAGAAGUUGAUGCAUUGUACCUCUAAAAAUGAGGAAGGACGUGUCAUUAACUCUGGCCACCAUAGUAUUUUGACUUGAUGUCGACUUCCGUAGACAAGCUAUCCCUGCUUUACUGUCGAUCGAACUCCACCAAAAGUGUCCGUGUCUUUCUCUGCGUGCACAUAUUUAUAUCAAAACUAUUUAUAUGGCCUUAUUAAUGCUUUAACACUGUUUCAGCUCUGUGGUGGAGCAUCUCAAUGCUGUAUUAUAUAAAUAAGGAGACUAAGAACUGUCCACCUGGGACUCUGUGUUGUUUGGUCAAGGGAAAAGACACUGUCUUUAUUGGCAGUGGUGAAAAGAACAAUAGUUUUCAGCAACUUUCAAAAGUAAAUAAACGAGUGAUGUUCUUCAACUUCACGCCUUGGAAACAACCAAUGGUUCCCACAUGCAGCAGUUUGCUGCUGCUGGCUUUAAAAGAGUUUCCCGGUGAACACUUCCUAGUAAUUGUUGCUGGAGGCUUAGUUCGUGCUGCUAUUCCCAUCCACACUCCCCAAAGUAUUUACUUGUAAAUAGCUCAAUUUAAACUAAACCAGUUUUUCCACAUAGAAAAACUCAUACCGUCAGAACUUCACAAACCAUUCAUUCAUUUUUGAAAAGUAGUUUUGAUUUAUGUUAAAUUCAUCAUUGUCACUCUUCAUUAUUUUGACUAUAGUUCCUCUGAGUUUACCUUGUAGAUGAAUCAUGUUACGACAAAAGUUCCUCAGAACGUCCAUAGAGCUUCAAAAUGGGGUGUUUGGUGGAGUGAAUACACACUUUGCUUUCAGGAAACCGGAAUGUGAGUCCAUCUCUGUACAGCUCAGCAGGUCUGGGCUUGUUUCGACAUGGAUGGAGAAAUCCAAAUGCUGUCUAAUUCUGCUUCAGGUGAUCACUUUACACGAAAGGAUAAAACGCUUAUAUGAACCCUAAGUGCAUUUUCAGAUGUUAGCUCAAGCUGCCAGUGUAGAGAGUCUGUCUGAAAUACUCGCUGUAACUUGCCUCAUGAGUGUCUGCAGCUGUUGUGUGGAAAUGUUGAAUGCUGUUAAAUGUUGUUUUUACUGUGAUGUCCGUGAAUCAAAAGUGCUUUAAAACAGGUUGAUCAUGGUGGAAAUUCACGUGUAAGCUAACUAAGACUUUGUUACUUGACAAAUUGUCAAUGUUCACUGAUCAUUUUGAAGGCUUCAUUUCAAAAUGUUACAUAUCUGUUUAUGGAGGAAAUGAUUUAUUUUGUCUUUGUUUUACCUUCUUUUCAGGACAUUGUUGGCGGUGAUUUAAAAUGGCGAAUAACUAAUUUUGCAACAGAAGUCUUCACGUUAUUUGAAAGCUAGUGCUCAGCUCUCUACUGUAUGGCUUUAGUUUUCAUGAGAGAAGUGCUGCACAUAUUUACUUGGCAUUUAUGUUACGUAAUGUUCCUUUUCAGCUGUAUGUAAGACAGUCAGAGAUUUCAGAUGCACCUUUUGUAAUAUGACAUGUCUCAGUGAAACAGGUGCUCUCUUGUUUCUCUCAAACUCCGUUCAGAGAAGUGUGUAACAUGAAUGUAUAUCUUAACCAAGGUUUUGGGGGCAAUCCACUUUGAAGUGGAUUUUCUUCUGUAUUUAGUAUUUAUACUCGGAAUGACACUGACCUGAUCCAUGGAUUCAACACUGGUGAUAACUUUCAGUCUGACCCUUAACCCUGGUUGUUCCACUUUUGAUCCGAGAGAAGUGCGACAUUCCUAAGCCUCUGUUAGAGCUCCCCCUGCUGGUCAGGAUGGUGAUCUGUUAAGAUGCAGAGCUUUAUACAGACAUUGACAACUCCCAUGACUUAAAACUGUGUUUCAAGACCUAAUAUAUUAUCUCAGUCUUUGACUCUUCAGAUGCUCCAAACUGUCACUUAAAGCAACUCAUCUCUCAGUUGUUUUACUGUAAUGUAACUUUUUAUUUGGUUACUUUUAGCCUACAUCGGUGUCAGGUAGUUGGGGGUUUGACACAAGAAAAAUAAUAAAGUAAAUACUGUCACUGUGGUUCUUUUUAAAGGUUAAUUUUGUUAGUUUUUUCUCGGAUUGCCGACUUACUGGACACUAUUUUAUAUUAUUUUUUUAUUAUUUUUUUUAAAUUGCCCUCAUGCUAGAAUCCAUCCAACUCCAUGUAGGAUAAAACAAACUAAAAAGACUAAACAGGAGCCAAGAACCGAGUGGAGGCUUUUUCUCUUCCAUUUCUUCUAUUUAAGUCCAAGCACCAGCUACUCUAUUCUUGUUCUUUGGGUCACGUAUCGCCAUCUUAAAAUCUAAAAUGUUACAUUCUGUCCUUGCUGCACACAGUUUAUUGCUACUUAAAAUGUUUACAUGUUUUCAAAGUCAUAAUUUUUUUUUUUUUUUUUUUUUUUUUUUAAUUGUUACGGCUGUGUGACGAUUGGCUGUAGAGGUAUUUUCUAGUUGUCCACACUGAGCAACUUUUUUCUUUGUUUUACUGUCUGAUCUUUCUGUCCUCUCACAAAUUUUUUUUUUUUAUUUAUUUAUUUGUUAACUUUUAUCCAUCACUGCGUCCUUAUUUUGUAAUUUUGCUUGACUGUUUUUUUUUCCGUUACUUUUGACACGCACAACUUGUGUUUAUACAGUCAGUGUUUCUCUGGUCUCAGUAGCCUGGAUGUGUCAUUGUCUGAGCUUCUGUAGAUGUUGUUUUCAAGGCAGAACCGUAAGCUAGCAGGUAUAGAAAAACAUUAUUUUACCAUCAAUAUGCCGAAAACCCUAACUGUAGCUCCAGCUCCAUGAUGUUGAUACACAGGGAAAUGUAUUAGUCAACUUGACAGGGAAACCUUUUAAUAAACAUAACGGAGCCAACCAGAGGGAUAAUAUCCAAUAAAAUCUAACCAGAGCAAGAAGUAGUUAUGUGAUUUGAAUGGACAUUGUGUUUGGACAUUCAAUCAAUCAGGAUUUGGAUCAAAUAUCAGACAUUACCUUGGACGAAGCCUUGCAUUUCACAAGCCAUUAACUUAUAUUUCAGACUCCUUGUGAUUUGAGAUACCAGUCGCACUAGUCAGAAGUGAUUACCAAAUAUGUGCCUGUUUGUAUGUACUGUAUGUGUAAGAUAAUCCUUCACUCAUGUUAAGCGUGAUUGCUUUUUUUUUUAAUACCUAGAUUUGAGUAUUUCAAUAAAGUUAUAUUUUGCUGUUUUUGUAAA